GUUUUCAAUCAAUAAACGCUUCUUACGUAUAUACGUAUAUACUUUUCCCUUGACGUCACACACCUGCCAUGUAUUUCUUAUCUUAUAUUCUUGCGUGAAUAUGCGCACGACUGUAUUCAAUUGUUUGAUCGAUUAAUCGUAUGCGGCAGGUGUAAAUACAUUAUGCUCUUUCAAUGACAUCCUUUUUAAAAGUAUAUACACUUUAAUUGGCUUGUUCACGGAAAAUUGCAAUUAGAAAAUAAAAUAUUUUGUCUAACAAAUGUCUAUGGCGCAAAAUGAGUCGAAAGGUCUUGUGCAUAGAGCUGUCAUUACGACGGAUCCGCAGAAAGCAGUUUCGGAGUUUUUUAUAUCCAAGCAAGAGGAACGUCAGUAUAUCGAAAAAUAUCCGGAAUGGGACAAACCGAGAAUUUGCCCGGCGACCGAAGUGAUUCAAGUUCGUCGAGAACUAACUCGAGUCGAAGAAAUAUUAAAAGAGAAACAAGCGCAACGAAAGGUAAACCGUAAGCACAUGGACGAACAAUGGGAGGAGGCGAGAAAACAGGAACUGCUGUUGCGACAAUCUUUUGUGAAGUUUAAUACACUCGUAAGGGAAAACGUCGAGAAGCGCGAGCGAGCAGAGCAAAAGAUCAAAGAGGAACGUGAACAUCAAGAGAAAUACGAACUGGAAAUUGAGGAAUUAGAGCAGAAAUUACGUCAUAUGAACGAAGUGCGCGAUAAUAUGCAACGAUAUGUAAAAGAAUAUAAGAAAUAUCAAAAUUAUUUAGACAGAGUUGUGAACGAGACGGGCGAAUUUCAAUCGAUUAGUGACAUUUUUAAUCGUUACGAAACUUUACUCGAGGCCAGACAAGCAUUGUCUGAUCAUCAGGAUAGAAAUCUCCAGCUGUUAGAAGACAAAGGAACAGAAAUACAUUACUUGGCAGAAGUUAAAACGCAAACAUUGAUGGGAUUGAAUAAUAGAUUAGCGCAAUUGCAAACGAGAUAUGAUCGGGCAAAGGCGCAGGCACUGAAAUGGGAAACAAUUAUCUCGAAAAUAAAGGAGACCACCGCCGCGAAGAACUUAGAGCUGACGCAAGUGAAAGCGUGUUGCUGGAACAUUUAUCAACAGAUUUGUGAAAGGAAAGAGAUUCCCGUCAAGGUGAGUGGUGAAGACGUCGAACAACAGCUGAUUGAAAUUAAGCGAACCAUUGUCGAAUUGAAGCGAAUUAUCAAAGUCGCCAGAAAGAGAGCUCGGGAAGAGAAAGAGUUGUUACAGCGCAAAUAAAAAGAUUGUCGCAAUUUACUGCUAUUCUGCGAUGUGAAUUUUGCAUAUAAUGAUAAAGAUAAUGAAAGCAAAUAAAUAAAACUUCUUUGUA